UCGACGAACCGUAAAGACGUGUAUAGUCAGGACUUGUUUGACAGAUUCGUACACAAAGAAUAACAGAACAUUAUUAUAUUGUCUAGGAUAAUAGAAUUCGAUAAAGCCAUAACGAAAGAAAGUGCAUUAUUAAUAUUACAUUUAAUACGAACAAUAAUUUUGCCUUAAAAGUCUAGAAUAUUAGUCGAAAUAUGAGUGAAGCUUUUGUCGCUAUACCUAAGCCGGGGGAAGUCAUUUUUGGAAUUAAUUCCAGUAGACCAAAAGAAGAAGUUCAAGAAGUCAUCAACUUCAAGGCUCAAGAUCAUUCUGGACCGACAUUAAAGUGUACUUACAAUGAAAUCGAUUGCCCCAAUGCAACAACCUUACCAAUAAUUAUUGCUAAGCCGGGUUGGAGUUGGGGUGCAUCAUCUGGGGCCAAUUCUAAGGGUGUUGCAGCUGCCGUUAUUUGGCAUAAUGAAUAUGCUGGACUGACUGCUGAUGAUAGUUCUAAUAGUUUAGUGCCUCUUGAUUUUGUCAGACUAUGUUUAGAACAGAGUCAGUCAUCUGAAGAAGGUGUUGAAGUUAUUUCUAAAUAUUUGGAAGCUCAUGGACCCAAUGAGACAAAGUAUCAAGCAUCAUAUAUAAUUUGUGAUUGUGAGAAAGUCUGGUUAUUGAAUACAGCUGGAAAACUAUGGGCUGCUCAACUGCUACCAAAUGGUCUAAGCAAAAUCUCCCCUGGUUUAAGUGUGAAAACAAUUGACAAAUGUAGUGGGAGUAAUAAAGAUGAACUAGGAGAUUUUUGGCCAAGCAAAGGUUCAAACUUCUCAACAGAAGUUAUAAGUAGCACAUUUUCAAUUUCCGAACUCUUCAGUGUGUUACGAGAUAAGGAAAAUAACGCCUUCCACGAUCAGGGAAAUGUUCAACCAACUCAGAAUAGUCACGUGUCAUCAUUAUCUCAAAAUAGAUUAAAUUGUCAUUGGUUUACCGCUACUCCUGAUCCUAGCAUCUCUGUUUUUAAACCAUUUAUUUUCACACCGAAUGCUGUUGUUUCACCCUUAACAGUCUGCAAGAAACAAAAUGAUGGCACAUACAUGCAUGGCCUUUACAAACUUCACUCAGUUGGUGCGACGGAUAGAGCAAUUGAACUGCUCAAAGAUAUUGAAGCGUGCUGCGUAGGAGAAGUGCAGCUGUAUCUUGAAACAGAUUCUAAUGUUAAUCCUGAAUUGGACGAGUUGAUGAAAGAUUGUGUGGAGGCUGAAGUUAAAUUUUAUCGUUAAAUUUUUUACUUAUUAAACAUUCUGUGAUAAUAUAAAUGUAGAUAAACUCGAAUAUUAUGUUUUCCUGCAACUGCUUCUGUUAUAAACGCUAUCAGUAUUAUGGGAUAUGAAUUUUAUGAAAGCAUAUGCUGAAAGAGAAUGAACGAAUAUCUGACUACAGGUUAGAUGUUUAGGCCAUAGGUACAAUGUUUGCCAGAUAUUCAACAACUCAAUUCAGACCUAAUAUUGCUUUUAAAUUUAUUGUAAAGUCUGAUUUACACAUGCCAUCUUAUGAUGCAUUAGGCAUGUUUAACAAGCACAAAAUUGUCUGUUGCAAACAGAAGAGCAACAAUUAUUAUGUUUUGUUGCUUGUGCAUUUCGAACUCUUUAGAUCAUUAAAUAUGAACA